UGCGAUCUAUAGCCGAUUACUGAUACUCAAUUGGAUUUUAAAGCUGGCUUAUAUAGGCAGAAAAUACUAUUGAAGCGGGUCAAUCAGAAACACCUGUUCUUUAGAUAUAUCGCACAAUGCCACAAUAUAUCUGUUUCCCCAAAGUUUUUCAAUUCAAUUAAUUAAUCAAAUAACUAUAUUAUGCGCCCAAAAGAAGACACAAUGUCUCAUAGUUCAACAACAAAGCAUCUGACUGACAGCUGGGCCGCGAACAAAGCCCAAAAAUGACUUCCUUAAGUUGGGCUUUCACUAUAAAUACCUUGUACCUUAGCACAGAUAAGCUAGAAUACAACUCGAAUUGCAUUGCUUAGUAAACAUGUCGAAAUUUGUGCUGUUGUUGGCUAUUUGUUGCAUGUGCCUGCUGCAAGUUCAGGCGAAUCGGAAGACAUGCGACGAGGUGUCUGCAAUCUGUGUGAAAGCCCAGCGUUUAACAGGACCCGAGGAUGAUGUGACAAACUUGUACAAUUUCCAAUGCCGCAGACAAAUUCGCAAUUGGAAAAAUAUUACACGCUGCCAGCUGGAGCGUGCCGCCUGCCUAUUAACUUUGGUCAAAUGCGAUCGUCUGAGCUGUGUUAAUGUGGUCAAUGCACUCCGGGGAUAAAUUACCAAAUGCAAUGAGACAAGUAGCACACAUAUGAUAUUUCAUAUUUUGAUAUCAAACAAA